UCCAUUUUUUUUUCCCAGUUAAGUAUAAGUAUAAAAGAGAAACUCGAAAAAAUCAAAAUUUGGGUAUAAAUUCUGUUCGAAUUUGCAUGAUCGUCGAAGAAGUCGCCAGACAGUAGACGUGGCACGCCGGAUCUGUUAUUUCCGGCGAAGUUGAGGAAACUUUACUAGUGAUUCGACAAAUUGACUAAUAAUGGAGUCUCAUGGCGCCGGACUCCACCGCGUAUUUCUCCUGGCCUUCUGCGUCGCCGGAAUUUGGUGUGCGUAUAUCUAUCAAGGCGUCCUCCAAGAGACUGUAUCAACCAAGCGAUUUGGGCCGGAUAAGAAGAGGUUCGAGCACUUGGCUUUCCUCAACUUGGCACAGAAUUUAGUUUGUUUGAUAUGGUCCUUUAUAAUGAUAAAGAUUUGGUCCAACGGCAAGAGAGAUGGUGCUCCCUGGUGGACAUUCUGGAGUGCUGGAGUUACAAAUACAAUUGGACCAGCUAUGGGCAUUGAAGCAUUGAAGUAUAUCAGCUACCCUGGUCAGGUCCUGGCUAAAUCCUCCAAAAUGAUUCCAGUGAUGCUGAUGGGUACACUAGUUUAUGGCAUAAGAUAUACAUUUCCUGAAUAUUUUUGUACACUACUUGUUGCUGGUGGAGUAUCAAUGUUUGCUCUUUCAAAGCCUAGCUCAAAAUCUAUCAGCAAGCUGGCACAUCCUAAUCCUGGACUUGGUUAUGGUCUAUGCUUUCUGAAUCUUGCUUUUGAUGGAUUCACCAACGCAACUCAGGACUCCAUUACAGCAAGGUACCCUAAGACAACUGCUUGGGAUAUCAUGCUGGGAAUGAAUUUAUGGGGUACAAUUUACAACGUCAUCUUCAUGUUUGGUUGGCCACAAGCUAGUGGAUACGAGGCAGUUAAAUUCUGCCAGCAGCAUCCGGAAGUGGCCUGGGACAUUUUGCUCUACUGUCUUUGUGGUGCAGUAGGCCAGAAUUUUAUCUUUCUAACCAUUAGUCGAUUUGGUUCCCUAACUAACACAACUAUUACCACUACCCGCAAGUUUGUGAGCAUUGUGGUGUCUUCAGUGCUCAGUGGCAAUCCAAUGUCUACAAAACAAUGGGGAAGUGUCAUCAUGGUUUUCUCUGGAUUAGCGUACCAGAUUUAUCUGAAGUGGAGGAAAUUGCAGAGGAUGCAGAAGAAAAAGAAGUCCAUGUAACCAUGGCUCUCAUUUUGGAUUUAAGAAGUAGUUUUUUUUUUCCUUUUUUUUAAAAAAAAAUUUCAUAUAGUAUGUGGUGUAAAAGCGCUCGCCUUUUUUUUUUUUCCUUCGCAUAUAGUGCUGGUGUAAGCGCAAGGCUAACUGAAUGCGCUUGCAGCAAAGAGAAUGUAUUGGAAUAGUAUGAUUAUUAAUAUAGAAUUUUUGGCUCUAGCUCGAUUUGGCUCUUAA